AGAAUGUUAGCAUUAACUAGCUACAAGCUAGCCGACACCAACGCUACAAAUUAAUUUCAGGCGUAAAGCUGAGGAGUUUCUUUGAAGGUGUUGAGCUGGAUGAUUUUCAUUUCAGCGUCCACCACUGAACUUUUCCGCUGCUGCUGAAAGCCACACCUUUCCACACCUCCCAACAAAUAUAAGUUACAGCUGAGCUGGGCUCCAAGAGAUAAGUGAGUAUCCAGCAGUCAUGGAGUACGGAAACAUGCUAUGGAUAAUAUUCUUACUGCUCCUAGUAGCGCUCUUAUACUCCCGUCGCACAAGACGGAAAAAUGAGCCUCCUCUGGACAAAGGCUGGCUUCCAUGGUUGGGACACGCUCUUGCAUUUGGAAAAGAUACUGCAAAGUUUUUGGCCCGGAUGAAAGAUAAGCACGGGGAGAUCUUUACAGUCUGUGCUGCUGGUUAUUACGUGACAGUGCUUUUGGAUGCAAAUUCUUUCGAUGCCGUGCUGAAUGACACAGUCUUCUUGGACUUCACCCGCAAGAAAAAUCAGCUGUUAAAAAGUAUCUUCCGUCUGCAGCCGCUGAACAUCAAACCUACAGCAGAGAAGAAAUGGAUGGAACAACACUUUCAAGGUCUCAGUCUGUACAAGCUCAGCACUUCCAUGAACAUUCACCUUCAGAACCUGCUGCUGAAAGACCAGCAAGUCUGCAGCCGUUCACAGUGGAGACAGGAGGGCCUCUUUAGCCUUUGUUACAGCCUACUCUUCAGGGCCGGAUACCUUACAUUGUUUGAAAGAAAAGAAAAUGCUACUGCAGUCUACCAAGAGUUCCGCAAGUUUGACAGUCUUCUCACCAAACUGGCUAAUAGCUCAAUCAAAAGAGAGGAACGCAAAACAGCCUGGUUAUCCCAGGAGCGGCUAUGGGAGCUGCUGUCCCCACACUGGCUGAGCAAAGGGUCAGAGUCAGAUUCCUGGCAGCAGAGCUACCAUCAUUUCCUGCAGGAGGAGGGAGUAGAUGCAGAAAUGCAGAAAAGAGCUUUACUCUUGCAGCUGUGGACCACACAGUGUAAUGCUGGACCUGCUGCCUUUUGGCUCCUUGGCUUCCUGCUUAUUCACCCUGAGGCCAUGCAGGCUCUUAAAUCAGAGAUUAGAGGCCUUAAUCAUCAGGAUACUCCCCUGCAGCAUCCCACCAUCAGCACACCUGUGUUUGAUAGCGUUCUGAGUGAGACCCUACGGCUCACCGCAGCUGUAAUGAUCAGCAGAGAGGUGGUGCAAGACAAGGUCCUGCGCAUGGCCAAUGGACAGGAGUACCAUCUCAGACAGGGGGACAGAGUGUGUCUGUUCCCUUUCCUCAGCCCUCAGAUGGACCCAGAGAUACACCAAGACCCACAGAUUUUCAAGUAUGAUCGCUUCUUAAAUGAUGAUAUGACAGUGAAGGAUAAAUUCUACAAGCAUGGAGAAAGGCUGAGGUACCACACGUUGCCCUGGGGAGCAGGGACAAAUAUGUGUGUCGGGAAAGAGUUUGCUGUUACAGCCAUUAAACAGUUUGUGUUCUUGGUCUUGACCCAUCUCGAUCUGGAGCUGUGUGACCCAGAGGCUAAACUGCCACCGGUUAACUCCAGUCGCUAUGGCUUUGGGAUGCUCCAGCCGGACGGGGAUCUGCAGGUCCGAUACAGACUGAAGAGGACCCGUCCUGAAAUGUGACUUGAUGUGACGAUUAAUUGUAAAAACUGUUGAUUGAUAUAGUGUUUUUUGUUAAAUGUGUUGUAGCACUAUUUAUUCUGUUUUAUUUACUCAGUGCAUCAAUAUAUAUCGUAUUUAAAUUUGUUUGUUAUUAAUAUUUUUAAUAAAAAGGAAAAACAAAUGUGA